AUGGCCGCGCUGCGCGCGAACGGCCACGACGGCGUCGUGAAGGCGAUCAACGCGCACGGCAACCUCUCGUCCAUCCCCAUCGCGACCCAGCGCCUCCUGAGCGCGAAGGGCGUCAGGCGCGUCAUACCUUCGUAUUAUCACCCGUCCACGUACGACUGCGUCCGCGCGGCGCACGCCGUUCCUUAA